AUGGGCCAGUUUUGGGCUCAAAAUGCCCCCCGAAUUGGUUUCUCUAACCCCUAUGUCUUGCAUCUUGCCUAUUCGUUGGCUGGAUACCAUUUGGCGCGGGGAGAUUCCUGGGAUAGAAACGCGCAAGCACGUCGCUUGGCUGUUGCUAAAUUAAACUUUACUGCCGGACUUGCUGGACUUAAUAAGGCAAUUUCGGUCAUGGACAGUGGAACUUGCGGCGCGAUAUAUAUAUCCGUAAUGCUCUUAUGCUUUUGCACCUUUGCAGCUGGCCCUGUUGGACGCAAUGACCUGCUUGUCUGCCAAGUUGGUGUCGCACAGCCAAAACCAUCAGUGCCUCUUGCACGAGGAGCCCACCUUGUUCGGCAACGUUUUGAUUCGGCCACUCUAUUCUCGGGGCUGAUGGCACCACUCGCUCCGACGAACAGCCAGCCCGCUGAUAGCAGGGCAACCUGUCAUCGGCAAUGUUUUGUGCGGGUCGAUUGGAUGGAUCAAUUAUCGAGGCUGCGCGAGUUGAUCGUCUCCAGCGACACCAGAGAAGUUUCGGUUACUAUUCGGUCAUUCGAUACAUUGCGAGCAAUAUACGAAGCAACAUACGGCGAUAGGGAUGGCUUAUAUGAAGGACCACCAAUGCAUGGCAUGGUGUUGCGCUGGUUGUAUGUCAUGGAAGAUGACUUUGUGGCAAGUCUUCAAAGCAAGGAUGCCAUGGCUCUGUUGAUUCUGGCAUACUUUGCUCCUCUACUCAACACCAUGAGCAAAGCGUGGUUCUUGAAAGGUUGGGCCGAACAUCUGCUUACUAGUAUACGGAUAUUUAUCGACAAGGAGUAUGUUGAGUGGUUAGAGUGGCCUAUGGGUGUUGCUGAACAAUACAGCGAGCAUAUCCGUUGA